GGUCGCUAAGGAACGGGCGAUCCGAUGCUUCUGGACUCGCUUCUACUCGAUUAGGAAGUCAUCCCUCCUCUUCCUUCCUCACCGUUGCCGUCGCCACACUUUGCUUGGCUGCCAAGAAAAGAAGGGAAGGGAUCGCAUCCCUUAAUUAUCGACAAGGGAACCAUCACGCAUCUCAUUACGAUUUUCACCAGGCACAAACGAGAGCAGCGGAGGAGAAGGAGCGUCGAUGGCUUGGUACUACUACAACAGAAGCAACAACGGAGGAGGAGGAGGAGGAGGAGGGGCGUGGGGGAGGCUGUCGAAGGGGCUGCUACCGCUGCUGGCGCUGCAAGCGGCAAGCGAAUUCCACCGCAUCGGCCGAAAGCCCCCCGUCACAGCCGGCCUCCUCCUCGCCAACUCCCUCAUCUACCUCCGCCCCGCCUUCGUCGACCGCCUCCUUCCCACCCUUUACGAAGUCUCCUUCAACCCCCAUCUCAUCCUCAAGCAUGGUGAUCUGAAGCGAUUCUUCUUAUCACCAUUUUAUCAUGUAGGUGAUGCACACCUAUUCUACAACAUGACCUCACUGUUGUGGAAGGGGAUCCAGCUUGAAACUUCGAUGGGUAGUCCUCGGUUUGCAUCCAUGGUAGCAGCAUUGCUUUGCAUGUCACAGGGCAUCACACUAGUUCUGGCUAGAAGUUUACUCCUUUUCUUCGAUUAUGAGGCAGCAUACUACAAUCAGUUUUCUGUUGGGUUUUCUGGUGUUCUAUUUGCCAUGAAGGUUGUGCUGAAUGCACAUUCCGACGAGUAUGCUUAUCUACAUGGAAUUGUAGUCCCAGCACGUCAUGCUGCAUGGGCGGAGUUGAUUCUUAUCCAACUUUUUGUGCCAGGGGUGUCUUUCCUCGGUCACCUGGGUGGGAUAUUAGCUGGUCUUUUGUAUCUCCAUUUGAGAGGUUCAUAUACAGCGGUAGAUCCACUGACUGUGUUCAUCAAGAAAGCGUUUGAUUUUGUGAGCUGGCCUGUAAGGGUCAUCCGGCGCUUUCUGAGUUUCCAGCGGCCCCGUACAUCAGGUAGAGGAAGAGUUGGAAGCAGCCAAGCUACAGCGGUUCCAUCUGGCAUCUGGAGAUGUCCGACAUGUACUUACGAUAACUCGUCUAGGGUAGAUGUAUGUGAGAUGUGCAGCACAGCUCGUAGGGGCAGUGGCUUCACACCAUUGCGCCAAUAUAACCGAACGGGUGACCUGUCGACUGAAGAAGUUCGUCGCCGGCGGAUUGAAAGAUUUGGUGGGUGAGUCUGGAUUUGCUGAUGUGGCAGGGAGGCUGGUGGCUGGUUAUUAGUUGCACAUAAUACAUCGUAUUCAUAAUUCUAGUCGGUUCCUGCAUCAAAGUUCCAAGGCCAUAGAAGAAACAUUGAGGUCAGCUUAUAUGGUUCUUUUUUUGUGUCUCCAAAACCAACUUGUGUUUGGCUGAUCCAGGUAUUGAGCAGAUUGGAACUUUGUAAAUAAAGAUGAAAUAGGAAAAACCUUGAUUGAAUUUUCAUGUGGUACAUUUAUGUAGCUGGACGGUCUGAAGAAGGGAGACAUGAACACGGAUCCUAUUCAAAAAGAUUUUAUUGGCUUUCUUCCUGUUAUGCUCAA